AUGUCUUUCACGGAGGAGCUAGAUCUCGAUUUGAGAGAAUACAUGAAGCCGCAAGAUGGCAACAACGACUCGCAAUUUGACUCUCUCUCCUUUGAUGACAAGCUCUCGAAGCUCCAGGAGUUGGUCCAGAAAUCCCAGGUGUAUUCCCAGAUCAUUUUGGACAACAUGUUGGAACGAUCUGUGGAAAAGAAGAAGAAGCAGGAAGAGGAGAGGCGGCUCGCGGCACAGAGGGAACAAGAAUUGAAGGAAGAGGAAGAGCGCAAGAAGGCAAAACAAGAGGAGAAGCUACGGAGAAAAGCGGAGCGGAAAGCCGCAAAAGAGGGUGCAGAUGAUGCCAGUGAUCUGCCUAGUGAUUCUAGUGAUACCAGAGAUCUGUCCAGUGAUGCUAGUAAUGAUGAGGAUUCAGAUUCUCUGGCGGAGGAUGUUCAGGAGGUGAAAGAGCAAAUUGAGGUACCUCUGGACUCAGAUGUAGAAAUAGUAGAAGUAAGACACUCGGCGCGGCUCGGUGGUAAUCAAGCUAGAACAGAACGUGUUCGCGCAAGAUCAAAAAGAAUGACGGCUACAAAGACGAAAAAGGCUCCAAAGCCGAAAAAGGCCCAGCCUGAAAUGAAAACUAAGGUCUCUGCGGAAACAGAAAAAAUGAGAAAGGCAAUCGAGGCUGCGCAAACAGGUCACACUCAGCAACAACCAGCCUUAGUCACGGGCUGUGUGAUGAAAGAUUAUCAAUUGGAUGGCUUAGAAUGGCUCGUGUCUUUGUACGAGAAUGGCCUCAAUGGUAUUCUUGCUGAUGAGAUGGGUCUCGGAAAGACAUUGCAGUGCAUUGCUCUCUUCAGUUUCUUGAUAGAGAACAAAGUCGAUGGACCAUUCAUGGUCGUGGCUCCGCUCUCAACUGUUAGAAAUUGGGGGUCAGAAUUCCGCAAGUUCGCCCCGGAUAUCGAUGUCAUUGAGUUUGUUGGACAGAAAGACAAACGGAAGCUGAUCAAGUUGAAUAAUAGAAUGAAGCAAACCGUUGUGAUCACCUCCUAUGAACUUGUCAUUAAGGACUUUAGACGCUUUUCAAGAAUUUCAUGGGGAUACUUGACUGUUGAUGAAGGUCACAGACUCAAGAAUUUCCAAUCUAUUCUUAUACAGUUUCUAAAGAAACUCAAAACGGCGAACAGACUAUUGUUGACAGGAACUCCAUUGCAAAAUAACUUAAAUGAGUUAUGGUCGCUUCUUAAUUUUAUUCUCCCUGAUAUUUUCCAUGACCUCGAAUUAUUUGAGCGCUGGUUUAAUUUCGACGAAUUAACAGGGCCACACUCAUUAGAAAACGAGGAGCAAAGAAAGGCUAUGAGUGUUAAGUUGCAACUGGAAAUCGUGAAGAGUUUGCAUACGGUGUUGAAGCCUUUCUUGCUUCGUCGUGUCAAAAAGGAGGUUAUGAAAGAUCUCCCUCCUAAGAAAGAAUACAUGGUUUACACAGAUUUGCAACCACUCCAGCAGAUUGUUUAUUGCUCUUGUGUGCAAGGAAACUUGCUGGAUAAAUUACUCGAGCUCUAUGUCAAGGAGUAUCUCCUCCAUAAUGAGAAACACCUUUUCUCAAGCGUACAGGACCUCGAGAAGGUUGAUGAAGUACUAUCGAAGCUAGUAGAUCCUUCUGCCGGAGUUUCAAACAAAAAAAGAAAGGUUAGCUAUCUGAUGGAACGAUAUGAUAGAGCUUUGGAUUCAGCUAUCUUCAGUGAUGACGAAGAUUACGAAGAGGAAAUUGACAAUGCAAAUGAUCCAAAAUCACAAGAGGAAAUUGAUCUCGAAAAUUCUCUCAAUCAAAGCUUACACACUGAGGGCGCUAAAGCACAGCUGGUGGACCCCGAUGUGGCAAAUCAAACACCAGGCUUAUCCGAGUCCGAAGGAGAAAAGAUCAUGGAACUGGAACAAACGAAUGAAACAAGGGAAACAAGCGUUGAGAGGUCUCCAGGCGACCAAAAUAAAAAGAGGCCAUAUUCUGAGCCACUGGUGGACUCUGUCGGUAAAGAGAUCGACUCAGGUUCACCCGACCUGGAGUUGACCAGAAACGAUGGAAGAGACUCCGAUUACUCCGAUAUCGAAAUCGUUGAAGAUCCUGGUAUCGAAAGACCUCGGGGUAAGCGCCAAGCGAUCCUGAUACUGAAAGCUUACAGAAUAGCUGAGCAAAAAAUUAAGCAUUUGGCGUUGAGGAGGCGUCUCAUGUCUUAUAGAGCUAUUUGUGGGUCGCAUUAUUCGUACUACUUCCCCUUUCCUACUGGUGAAGACUUGACUGAGAAAAUGGAGGAAGAGUUUGCCAGAUUGCUCGUGCACAACUCCGGCAAAAUGCAACUACUCGAGCAAUUGGUCGAGCGCCUUUUGAAAGACAAUCAUAAAGUACUUGUCUUUUCCCAGUUCACUUUCAUGCUAGACCUCAUACUGGAAAUGUUCUCAGCCGCGUCUAUCCGUACGAGUCGAAUCGAUAGCAACUACUCCAUUGACGAGCGUCGCGACGAAAUUGAAAAAUUCAGCCAUGACGGAGAGGAUUCUAGUCAAGUGUUUUUAAUUUCCACCAGAGCCGGUGGUCUUGGUCUCAACUUGACUGAAGCUGACACUGUCAUAAUCUUUGACAAUGACUGGAAUCCACAAAUGGACCUUCAAGCAAUUGAUAGAGUGCACAGAAUCGGGCAAACAAAACCAGUCAAAAUUUUCCGGUUCGUUGUCAGGGACACGAUUGAGGAAAUUAUCGUCAUGCGCAGUUUUGGCAAACGAGCUUUGGAACAAAUGGUGAUUCGGCUGGGCGCAUUCCAGUUGAGUCGGGUAGCGAAAAAGUUAACCGACGAGAAAAUCGACAUCAACAGUACGGAUGCGACUCGAUCUCUAUCAUCAAUUGGUGAAAGGCUCAACAUGCAAGGACUUGGCGGUCUGGGAAAGAUUCCCGACACCAAUGAAACUUUGAUAGCACAGGCUGGACAGAAGACCCAAAAGCUUCUGGAGGAGGAAAUGGAGGAGUUGAUGGACCGUAGCUCGGAAUGUUACUCCAGAGAGCCAAAAGAGUAUCCCAAUCUCACAUCGUUUGAAAGUCUGAACAAUAUGGACGAUUAG